CUCCAUCCAUCACUUUCUUUGGUAAACAGAGAACAGGCAACAUGGGGCGUGUCCCAAAAUCAGCAAGGUAUAUUUUAAGGGAUUCAGCAAGUCUACCACAAGUACAGCUGAGCAGCUGUACUAUUAUCUUCAUAGGGCAACCUGAUCAGACAACACUGAUUUCACAAUGGGCUCCAUCAGUGUAGCAAAUGCAGAAUUCUGUUUUGAUGUAUAUAAAGAGGUGAGAGUCCAGCAUCCCAACGACAAUGUCUUCUAUUCCCCCCUGAGCAUCAUUUCAGCCCUGGCCAUGGUCUAUAUGGGAGCAAGAGGUAACACUCAGUCUCAGAUGGAGAAGGUUCUUCACUUCGAUAAUGUUACAGAAGUUGGAGACGCUAUUGACUCCCAGUGUGGCAGUUCUGAAUACAUCCACAAUUCACUCAAGGAUCUCCUCUCAGACAUCGCCAGGAGAAAUGCUUCAUACUCACUCGAGAUUGCUGAUAAACUCUAUAUUGAAAAAACAUACCCCAUUGUACAGGAAUACUUAAAGUGUGCAAAGAAAUUCUACAGAGCAGAGCUGGAAGAAGUUAACUUCAAAACAGCUGCAGAGGAAGCCAAACAGCUCAUUAAUUCCUGGGUGGAGAAAGAGUCAGAUGGAAAGAUCCGAAAUUUCCUUGAACCAGACUCUGUUGAUCUCAAUACUGUUCUGGUCCUUGUGAAUGCUGUUUACUUCAAAGGGAUAUGGAAGACGGCAUUUAAAGAAGAAGAUACUCGGGAAUUUCCCUUCAGCGUGACAAAGCAAGAAACCAAACCUGUGCAAAUGAUGUGUCAGAACAGUACCUUCAAAGUGGCAGAGGUAACUGAAGAGAAAAUUAAGAUCCUGGAGCUUCCGUAUGCCAGCGGGGAGCUGAGCAUGUUGGUGCUGUUGCCUGACGACGUCUCUGACCUGGAAAAGCUUGAGGACAAAAUCAGCUUUGAAAAACUGAAGGAGUGGACCAGUCCUAAUGUGAUGGAAAGGAAGAGAGUGAAGGUGUACCUUCCACGCAUGAAGAUGGAGGAAAAAAUUAAGCUCCCAGCUGUCUUAAAGGCCUUGGGUAUGACUGACCUGUUCAGCCCUUCUGCUGAUUUGUCUGGCAUCUCUUCACAAAAGAGCCUGAAGAUAUCUGAGGCCAUCCACAAGGCGUACAUGGAAGUUAAUGAAGAGGGCACUGAAGCCACAGGUUCAGAGGAGGUAACGGCAGACAUCAAACGUUCCUCUGAGUUUGAAGAGUUUAAGGCUGACCGCCCUUUCCUUUUCUUGAUUAAACACAAUCCAACUGACAUCAUCCUCUUCUUUGGUAAAUAUUGUUCCCCCUGAGGAGAAGAAAAGCUGGAAAUAAUGCUUGCCUUCCCCUCAGAAACAGCCCACCCUUCCUGUAGUGUUGUAGUAUAAUCUCAUCUUUACAACAUUUUCUUCAAGUGGAAAACCUUCAAUAUCUAGGGAGAUGUUAUUGAAGAAAUGCGUGACUUUUCAGAUCUUUAGGUGUAGGUAUUUUUGCUCACACAACUUAUAUUCAGGGUGUGUAUCCUGGAAUGAAUGAGAAUUUCAGAAGGUAGCUUAGGAACAUUUCCCAUUGUCAUGGAAUAACUUGAGAGACAGGACCAGUGUUUUGAG